AUGAAAACAGCUAUUAAUUUGUGCAAAGCUGGCGAAUCCAUAAUAAGCACAGCUAAAAAGUAUGGGUUGGCCUAUGCAACCUUGUACAGGCACGUCAAAACCGGCAUCACUGCUCCAAAAUUGGGUCGAUUCCGUCCUGUUUUCAAUGAAGAUCAGGAGACAGAGUUGUUAACAUAUCUGAAGGAUAUGGAUUCUGUUUUUUUUGGACUAACUCGAGACGAGUUCAAAAAUUUGGCGUUCAUAUACGCUAAGAAAAAUAAAUUGAACUAUCCGAAAAACUGGGACAAGUACGAAAAAGCAGGAGAUGACUGGUUAUCGUCAUUUUUGUCUCACCACAAUCAAAUUUCCCUGAGGACUCCAGAAGCAACAUCGGUUGCAAGAGCUAAAGGAUUUAACAGGCGUGAAGUUAGACGUUUUUAUGAAAAUCUUGAAGCUUUGACUACAAAACAUGACAUUGAUGCAUCUAGAUUGUACAAUAUGGAUGAGACAGGUAUAUCGACAACCACCAAUGAGCCACCUAAAGUGCUAUCAACGAAAGGAAACAAACAGGUUAGCAUAAUUGCCAUUGCAAAACGUGGUCAAUUAACGACGGUCAUCGGUUGCUGUAAUGCCGCUGGUUCGUUUCUCCCACCAUUCUUAAUUUUUGCCAGGAAAAAGAUGCAACCCAGACUACUUGAUGGUGCACCACCCGGCACUCAAGAAACCUGUACUCCAAAUGGUUGGACUUCAGGAGAGGUAUUUCUUGAUUGGAUGCGUUUCUUCGUGGAACAUGUUCGGCCUACACCUGAGAAAAAGAUACUUCUACUAUUGGACAACCAUGAGAGCCAUAAGUAUUACCCAGCUUUGGAUUACGCUAGCAAAAACAACAUCGUAAUCUUAUCCUUGGCUCCACAUACAACGCAUAAGAUGCAGCCCAUGGAUGUAGCCGUUUACGACCCAUUGAAAACAUAUUUUGAAAGGGAGGUAAAUGCUUUCCAAAAAUCUCACCCUGGACGCAUUAUAAAUCAAUAUGAUGUGGCCAGACUGCUAUCACCGGCUUUCCUGAAAUGUGCAGUAGCUAUAAAUGCCGUUUAUGGUUUUAAAAGACCUGGUAUUUGGCGGGUAAAUAAAUAUGCUUUUGGUGACGAAGAUUACGAACCAGCCGCUGUAAUUGCAGGAACAUCUAACAUGAAUAUUAGUACAGAAAGCACAAACUCACCAGAAAGGAUUGAUAUUCCAGGAUCUUUUGCAGAAACUUCUUCUUCGCCUUCGCUUUUGCUAGAAUUUAUUCCACCAAACCCAGUGGAUCCUCUAGUAGAAAUAAUUCCAUCUCUAAACAGAGCUACCCCUUUUGAGCUUGAAGCCCUUGUUGCCCCAAUUACAGACUCUUUUAAAACACCUGAAAAAAUUAGUAGCGAGAUUGGAUGUACACCUCAGCCAGAACCUGAAUGUUCCCAAAUUGUCUCCGCUGUUGAGCCGCAUGUAGCAACAAAUGCUCAGACAAUUGACACAAUGAAGACCGAUUUGUACUAG